AUGUCUGUGGCAGGAAACAAGAGAAAGAACACUUUCAUUGAGAAGGCUACCAAGCUCUUCACAACUUAUGACAAGAUGAUUAUCGCCCACGCUGACUUCGUCGGAUCCUACCAGCUCCAGAAGAUCAGAAUUGCUCUCCGUGGCAAGGGUAACGUGCUCAUGGGAAAGAAGACCAUGAUCCGCAAGGUCGUCCGUGAUCUCUUGGAGUCCAAGCCAGAGCUCGAGGCUCUCCUCCCACACUUGAAGUCCAACACCGCCAUCAUCUUCGCCAAGGAGUCCCUCGGUGAGGUCAAGGACAUCGUCAAGAAGAACCGUGUUGGUGCCCCCGCCAAGGCUGGUGUCUUUGCCCCCAACGACGUCAUCGUCCCAGCCGGUCCAACCGGUAUGGAGCCAACCCAGACUUCCUUCCUCCAGGAGCUCAAGAUCGCCACCAAGAUCAACAAGGGUCAGAUCGAUAUCGAGCGUGAGGUCCACCUCAUCAAGGCUGGCCAGAAGGUCGGUGCCUCCGAGGCCACCUUGCUCCAGAAGCUCAACAUCAAGCCAUUCACCUAUGGUCUUGAGAUGAAGAUCGUCUACGACGAGGGUGCUUGCUACUCGCCAUCCAUCACUGAGGAGGAUCUCCUUGCCAAGUUCAAGGCUGGUGUUGCCAACGUUGCUGCCAUCUCCUUGGAGCUCGGCUACCCAACCGUUGCCUCCAUCCCACACAGCUUGUUGAACGCCUACAAGAACGUCUUGGCCAUCGCCCUCGAGACCGAGUACUCGUUCCCAGCCGCCGACAAGUUCAAGGCUGCCCUCUCUGCUGCCCCAGUUGCUGCCGCCCCAGCCGCCGCUGCCCCAGCUGCCGCCGCCCCAGCCAAGGCUGCUGCCCCAGUCGUCGAGGAGGAGUCUGAUGACGAUUUCGGAGGUGGUCUCUUCGGAGAUGACGAAUAG